CUUUCUCGAGGAACGCGCGCGCAUUCGUGGGAAUUAAAGCAGCCGCUGAUAACGCGAGUUUCUGUCUCUAAAAUCUGCUGCUGAUCGCUCGACUGAGACUAAAGAUCAAGACCGGUGUGAUCGAAUCGACUCUUCGCGUGACGAUCGCCGGCGGAUCGAACGGCGAACGUACGGUUACCGGAAGCUUCAGUGAGAGGAGCGAACGCUCCUCCGGGUCUCGAUGCGCAAAGAUACUCACAAGCUUGCUCACACGUGUCAUCUGUCGAUAAUCUCGUUAUCUGGAACAGAAUCAUCAUAUCGCGUACACUGCCGGGGCGGAUUUAGAUCGUAUCGAUUCGUUCGGACGGAACGAUUGAUGGUUUCCUCUGAGAGAAGAAUUUUUAACUGGCGGGGGAUAUACCAACGCGAGUCGUGAAUAUUUCGAAGAUUACUCGCGCGUGCGGGCAAUUGUUGCCAGUCAGUAAUUGAUUUCAUUAGAGGAUAAUCAUCGGCCGAUUGUUUCAGACUGGUAAACGCGUGGACUGGCGUUUAUUGGAUGAGUGAGAGCUCUGUAUCGAUAUAUCGAUGGCUUAGUGACGCGAGAUUUAUCUCUCUCGGGAUAAUUUCUUCGAUAAAUAUUGUGGUCACGCUCUGCACACAUUUACCGCAUAUCGCAUGAAUGAAUGUGUGUGUGUGUGUGUACGUACAUAUAAAAUCACGACGGUAAUGACGAUUUUCUUCCGGCCGUCGUAGAAUUUGAUCCUCGCGCCGCGCGGGCUCUUCCGCAAUCGAUUUCUCUCGGUGAUUCCGCGUCACGCCGGCCAAUAGAAAAAACGCGGAUCGAUGAUUCGUUGACGUUUCACCGUGAAAAUGUGGCUGAGGGACGCGUACGACGAUGACGUCUUGUCAAUCGCGAAUUUCGCGAAUUCACGACGAUGCGUCCAAAAUGAAAUCUUCGUCAAUCGGAGUCUCCAUUUGGAGAACAUCAAGUUCUAUGGCUUCGAUAUGGAUUACACGUUGGCGGAGUAUAAAUCGCCGCAGUAUGAACAAUUGGGUUUUACGCUGCUCAAGGAUCGGCUGGUGUCUUUGGGAUAUCCGCAGGAAAUCAAGGCCUUUGAAUAUGAUCCUAGUUUUCCCGUUCGUGGAUUGUGGUUCGACACUCUGUACGGGAAUCUCUUGAAAGUAGACGCGUACGGGAACAUCCUGGUUUGCGUUCAUGGCUUUGAAUUCUUGAAACACUCUCAGGUCUACGAGCUCUAUCCGAACAAGUUUCUACAAUUAGACGAAUCUAGAGUCUACGUGCUCAACACAUUGUUCAACCUGCCGGAAACGUAUCUGCUGGCGUGUCUGAUAGAUUUUUUCACAAACUCGCCGCAGUUCACUAGAGAGAAGACCGGAGUGAAAGAAGGUGAGCUCACCAUGAGCUUCAGGAGUAUAUUUCAAGACGUUAGGAGCGCGGUAGACUGGAUACACCUUCACGGUGACCUGAAAACGAAAACUAUCGAGAACUUGGACGAAUACGUGAAGAAGGACGAGAGGUUGCCUAUGUUCCUUACGAGAAUCCGGGAGAGCGGAGCGAAGGUGUUUCUAUUAACUAACAGUGAUUACGUUUUCACGGACAAAAUUAUGACUUACUUGUUCGAUUUUCCACAUGGCGCACGGCCUGACGAGCCGCAUAGGAACUGGAAAACGUACUUCGAUACGAUUGUAGUAGACGCCAGAAAGCCAUUAUUCUUUGGAGAAGGGACGAUCUUGCGACAGGUGGACACGAGAACGGGUGCUCUGAAACUUGGCACGCACAAGGGGCCGCUGCAUACAGGGGAGGUGUACUCGGGAGGCUCAUGUGAUGUGUUCACCGAAUUAAUCGGCGCCAAGGGGAAAGAUGUGUUAUACGUCGGCGAUCAUAUAUUUGGCGAUAUCUUAAAGAGCAAGAAGAUAAGAGGCUGGAGGACCUUCUUAAUAGUUCCCGAAUUGGUUCAGGAGUUACACGUUUGGACAGAUAAAUGUCAAUUGUUCGCUGAAUUGCAGAGUCUAGAUGUUAUGCUCGGAGAAAUGUACAAAAAUUUAGAUAGCAGCACAAAGGAGAAACCAGACAUUUCCAAGUUACGCACGUCCAUAAGGGAUGUCACACAUAAAAUGGACUUGGCGUAUGGAAUGAUGGGUUCUCUGUUCCGCAGCGGAAGUAGGCAAACGUUCUUCAGCAGUCAGGUCGUAAGGUAUGCCGAUUUGUAUGCGGCAACCUUCUUGAAUUUGAUUUACUAUCCCUUUUCAUACAUGUUCCGAGCACCUGCUAUGCUGAUGCCCCACGAAAGUACAGUAGCUCAUGAGCAGAGGUUUGUCAUGGAAACACCGAUGAUCAGUCGUUCUCGGACAUUCAAAUUGACAGAUGAGGAAGAAGAACACAAUCGACCUACCUCUAAGACUUUAUUCGUGGACCAUUAUAACAGUCAAAUUCCACACGCCAGACCGGAAACGCCACGUAACGUCACACAUACGCACGACGAGGAUUGCAGCGACGAAGACAGUGACUCGCAGAAGCAAGCUAAUCACGUGAGAGCAGCGAGUACAAGAAAUGCAAGUUGUAACUGAAGUAACCUGCUCCUGCUCCCGGUCACUGAUGCGCGGUCACGUCUAGCGUAAUUUUAAUCGACUGACAAACGAGAAUCGAACGAAACAUAUGUUUAGCUACUACAUAAGAUGGUUUGUGUUUUAAAGUAAUUAGCGUACGACGAGUCACGCCGAAGCAAAUUAAUUUUCAUAAUUUUGUACGACAGAAAUCAUAACUUUCCUUUUUCUUCCUUUAAUAGAAAAGAUCGCUAUAUCUCGCUGAUAAUAUUAUAUCGGCAUAAUGUUAUACCUUCUGUAUAACAUCUGUAUAACAAAGUCCUUACAGAAAGUUGUAUCUUCUCCUUCAUGAAAUUAAUUAGUCUAAAAUUCUACCAAUCCAAUAGAAUAUUUUUAUGUCGCUAGUAAUAUUUAAUUCCAAAUUUUACAUUUUAAUUUCUAUGUUUGGUGCAGACUAUUAUAUGUAUUGUCUAGGCACAAGGUUUGGCAAUAUAUUCGUAUCAAUUUAUAUGGAUAAUUUCUCAGUAUACUACACGCGCGCGCGCGCGCGCGC